AUGCUACCCAUAGCUCAUAGCCAUCACAGUGAUGGAGAGAAGAGUAUGCUGGUCCCAGCAGCUGAAACUUCUGAGGAUCCAUGGUUACCAUUUGAAGAUGAUAUGUUUACCGGCCAGGUGGGCUCGAGUUCGUUCCUGCAUCAAGAAGAUCUAAUCAUGGUGCAACCAUCUCUGGAUGAAGGAUUGGUUGCAGGUAGCAACAAUCAGAAUAAUAAAGAGAGAGCUGGUAGGAUGAGGAGCUUUCAAACUGGAAAGUCAUCAGUGGUGCAACCUGGUGCGGAUGAGGAGUCGAUCAUAAAGAAACUCGACCAUAAUGCAAAGGAGAAGCUACGCAGGGUGAAUCUCAAUGCCUCCUAUUUGGCUCUUCGUACAUUGUUACCAGAUUCUAGUAGAUCAAAGAAGAAAUGGAGCGCUCCUGUUAUACUUGGCAAAGUUGUAGAAUACAUUCCGGAGUUGAAGGCUGAGAUUAAGAAUCUUACACGGAGCAAGGAACAAAUUCUAUCCACCGUAGAAAAGAAGCAAAUGCCCACCCAUGAUUCACCUUCGGAAUCCAAAAUUCCCACAGUUUCAAUAACUGAAGUUAGAAAAGGGGAACUGAUCGUGCAAAUAUGCAUGAAGAGAGAAAAUUCCAGUGUUCUCUCCACUCUACUAGCUAAUGCUGAAGGUGAAGGAAUGCAAAUUGUCAGCACUUCGUCUCUUUCAGUCCCUGAUGACAGAGAUUGCUACCAUCUACAUCUUCAUGUGAAUGGAAGUUCGCCAAUAGCCGACUAUAUUGCAGUGUUAAGGGCCAAGCUACUUUCUUGGUUGUGCGGGAUCUCAUCUAUUUUGGAUGACAGAUACGUGUAA